AUGGCCGAAAUGAUCUCGAGCGCCGCCACGGGUGUGUUGGGCUCCGUCAUGGACAAGCUGGCCGACAUGCUCACCGACAAGUACAACCUCGCCAGAGACAUCAAGCAAGGGAUCCGGUCCUUGCAAGACGAGCUGCACACCAUGGAAGCCAUGCUGCCGAGGCUCCAAGAUAAGGACGACGACCAGAUCGAUGCACUCGCCAAAGACUGGAGGAGCAAGGUGCGUGAGCUGUCCUACGAUAUUGAGGAUUGCAUCGACCGUUUUGUGCUCAAUCACAGCCAUGGAGAUGGAGGUUCCACGGCCAACUUCGUGCACAAGGCCAUUCAAAUGGUGAAAACGUUGUUCAAGGACAGAGGAAUAGCAGAGGAGAUCCGACGACUCAAGAGGCUCGUGAGCGAGCAGAGCGAGCGGGGGAAACGCUACUACGACAUCAAUCAGUGUCACCUCGCCUCCUCAUCUCAGCCAGUGCCGUUGGAUCCUCGAGCACCUGCACUCUUUCAGGAGGCCAGGGAUCUUGUUGGAAUCGAUGCUCCUCGUGAGGAGAUCAUCAGCUUAUUGAGAUGUGAAGACAAGGAGCACAAGGUGGUGUCCAUCUAUGGGAUAGAUACGAAGAAACUUCUUAGAGAUAUAUUGUCUCAAAUAAGCAAGAGCCAUUUUGACCAGUCACAGAUGUUAGAGACAAUUGAGCAGCUCAUCCGCACAGUGAAAGAAUGCUUAAAGGAUAAGAGUGUAUCGGCAUGGGAGCUUGUACGAUCUGCCUUACCUCGCAAUGACAAUGGAAGCAGAAUUAUUACUACAACACGCAUUGAAGCAGUAGCCAAAUCUUGUUGUACUGGUAUUGCUGCACAAAUGUAUCAAGCAAAGCCCCUUAGUCAUGAGGACUCCCAAAGAUUAUUCUUUAAGAGGCUAUUUUUGUCCGGUGAUGAUUGCCACCCAGAUUUGACGAAAGUAUCUGAUGAUAUUUUAAAGAAAUGUUGCGGCUUACCACUAGCCAUAAUCAGUAUAGCUGGUUUAUUAGCAAACAGAAGGAAAGCAGUGGAAGUCUGGGUCAAUGUAUUGAGGUCUAUUGUUGCUGCUGUUGACAAAGAUUCUCCCAUUGAUAAGAUGAAAAGAAUUCUGCUGCUGAGUUACGUUGACCUUCCUCACCAUCUAAAGAGCUGUUUGUUAUAUCUGAGUGUGUUUCCAGAGGAUUAUCCCAUUGAUUGCCGACAGUUGAUAUUGCUAUGGGUAGCCGAAGGACUGAUUCCUAGACAGGACAGGGAAAGUAUGGAGCAGCUAGGGAGAAGUUACUUGAAUGAGCUCAUCAAUAGAAGUUUGGUGCAGCCAACCAAGGUUGGGGGACACGGCGCAACAGUGAAACAGUGCAGAGUUCAUGAUGUCAUACUUGAGUUCAUUGUAUCAAAGGCCGUGGAGGACAACUUUGUUACUAUAUAG